AGUGUAAGGUGUAACAACGGUACAGACUGACUGUAUUACAAUUUACAAGCAACAACCUGGGGGAGAAAGAGAAACACACACGCACAGAGAGAAAUGGCGGGACUGCUAGCAUGGGCAGCCGAUGUAGUCGGCGGCAACGAAAGUGGUAGCGAUGUUUCCGACGACCCGAAUUCGAUUCCCCUCAUUCUAACCCCAGAACAACAACAAUAUCUGAAUGAAUUGAACCAGAAAGCAGCUUCUCUCACUCGUUCGAUCCAAGAUCUACGGCAUAGAAUCCCUCCCUCUGAUAUCUCUCAACGUCUUCCUCACCUCCACGCUCAUUCCCUCGCUUCCAAUGCUGCCCUUGCCCUUCAAUUAAACUCCCAUUCUUCCACUCGUCAGCAGGCACAACAAAGGGAGGCUAAGUUGCUUGAAGAGAAUGCAGCUUAUGAAAAGGAAAUCACAAAUUGUGAAGCUAAGAUCCAAGAGAAGUCACAGGAGGCAAAGCAGUUGCAGCAGAAAUUGAAGGAGUUGGACUUGAUUGAGGAAAAUUUGAAAACCGAGUUGCAAAGAGCUCAAGCGGCAUCAAGUACCAGUCAGUCCGAGAAAUCUGUGGUUGAACAUGACAAAGAAGUGGAUAUUGAAGCUGAAGAAGAUGCUUCCCGAACUGCUUUACUUGAGAAAUUGGAGAACCAGAACAAAGAAAUGCAAUUAAUAGAAGAGAAGAUUCAAAUGUUGGAGAAGAAGUGGGCAGAACUUCAAGAAAAGGCACUUAAGCAACCUUCUCCAGCUCAAAGAGAAAAGGCACUGGACAAGCAGCUUCACAGCUUGAUGGAGCAACUGGGUGCAAAGCAGGCUCAAGCGGAAGCUCUUAUGAAUGAAAUACAUAUCAAAGAGAAAGAGCUUGAAAGAUUGAACGCAAUAUGGAGGAGAGUUGAGAAUAGCAAUGAAGCUACUGCUGCUAGGAACCGCUUUGCAAGAAGUGGCUCAGCCCUCGGGUUUGAUACUGACAUUGACAACCUCCCAUAUUACUCUGCUGGCCGUUCUGAACAUCGGCAAAGACUCAGGAUUUUAAGGUCAUCUUUUGUGCUUUAUGUCUUUUUGUUGCACAUAAUAGUCUUCAUUAGGAUUUCAUUCAUUUGAGAAUUGAGAGUGUUGUUCUUAGGAGUUCCAAUUAGAAAUCGAGGAUCAACUUUGUGCAUAUAUUAGUGACUGAUGGGUAAAUACCAUGUAUGGGUAAAGUGCCUGAUUUGUAUUAUCGCCAAUGUAAUGAUAUUGAUAUUUAGAAAACAACCGUAAUUGCUUCAA